GGCAAAUUUAGGCUUUGCUAAAUCCGGCCAACAGAGGGCGCCCGUGACGUCCCCUUUUCUGUCGGACCCAAAUAAGGAAAUGACGUCUAGCGUCACGGCGAUGGUUGCAAAUAGAAAACUCAAGACCUGACCCCGUACGGGUUGAUGUGGGUUCGAGGGCUAGCUGGUCCGUGGAGCUAACAGAGAACGAGGAUGGGUGACACAGCGGGAGAGACAAAGUUCUACUCUAAUGCUGAGGGCUACUGGAAGGAGGUUCCGCCCACAGUGGACGGCAUGCUGGGAGGCUACGGGAAGAUAUCCAGCAUCGAUAUCAAUGGAUCCAAGGCUUUCCUUCGCAAGUUCCUCGGAGAAGGAGAAGGCAAGACGAGCGCCGGCUGCGCUCUGGACUGCGGCGCAGGCAUCGGCAGGAUCUCCAAGCGUCUGCUGCUGCCUCUCUUCAAGACGGUGGACCUGGUGGACGUGACGCGGGAGUUCCUGGACAAAGCAAAGACGUACCUGGGGGAGGACGGCAAGAGGGUGGGCAACUACUUCUGUAGCGGCCUGCAGGACUUUGUACCGGAGAGCGGACGCUAUGAUGUCAUCUGGAUCCAGUGGGUCAUAGGCCACCUGACCGACCACCACCUGGUGGAGUUCCUGCGGCGCUGUCAGAAAGCCUUGCGGCCCAACGGCCUCAUCGUCAUCAAGGACAACGUUUCCUACGAAGGCGUGGUCCCGGAUGACGUGGACAGCAGCGUGUGUCGAGACCUGCAAAUUGUCCGCAAUCUGGUGGGCACGGCGGGUCUACGCGUCAUCUACGAGGAGCAGCAAGGCAACUUCCCAAAGGAGAUCUACCAAGUCCACAGUCUGGCGCUCCGAUAAGAAGUGCUGCCAUAUUUGAAAAGCGACACUUUUUUUUUUUUUUAAGAAGACGGUUCUCGUCCGCGCCCUGAAACGAUGUGAUCUUGUUUUACUACCUUUUGAGCUUUGAUUCAUCUUGUCCGAACGCGUCUUUGCUGCA